ACUACAUUUCCUAAGAAGCACUGCGUUCUCCAGGGAUUUGGAGGAACAUGGAUUGCGCUUGCGUAGCCAGACGUGGCAGCGGCAUCAUGGCUUCUUGGAACCGAUACGGGAGACGUCGGAGACUGAUCGAAAUGUUCUUAUUCCUGUCAUUGGUUGCAGUGUCAUCCGCCCUGCAGGCAGCGAAGGUGUCUCCGCUCAUAGAGAAAGUCAGUGAUCACAAGGAUUUCAAGAAACUUCUGAGGACCAGAACUAAUGUGCUAUUCUUGUAUACCAAGUCAGCUUCGUCUGGAGAUGCUCAUCUGAAGCUGCUGUCUGAUGUGGCUCAGGCUGUGAAAGGUCAGGGUACCAUUGCCUGGGUAAAUUGUGGGGAUUCAGAAGGACGCAAACUCUGUAAAAAAGUCAAGGUAGACCCCAGCUCGAAAACCAAUGGAGUCGAGGUCUUGCAUUACAAGGAUGGGACCUUCCACACAGAAUAUAACAGACCAGCCACAUUUAAGUCCAUGGUGGCAUUCCUGAAAGACCCUGCAGGUGCCCCCCUGUGGGAGGAGAACCCUGAGGCUAAAGAUGUUGUUCACAUAGAGUCAGAGAAGGACUUCCGUAAGCUGCUGAAAAGAGAGGAGCGGCCCAUCCUCAUGAUGUUUUACGCCCCAUGGUGUGGCGUAUGUAAAAGGAUGCAGCCCAUUUUCCAGCAAACAGCAACUGAGACAAAAGGGAAAUAUGUGCUGGCUGGGAUGAACGUGCACCCGGCAGAGUUUGACGGGCUCAAACAGGAGUUCAGCGUCAAGGGCUACCCAACCUUCUGCUACUUUGAGAAGGGGAAAUUCUUGCAUCACUAUGAGAAUUAUGGAGCCACCUCUAAAGACAUUGCUGAUUGGUUGAAAAACCCCCAGCCACCACAGCCUAAAACUCCAGAGGUGCCCUGGUCUGAGUCUGGCUCGGCGGUCUUCCAUCUGACCGAUGAGUCUUUUGACACAUUCCUGGAGGAGCAUCCUUCAGCCCUGGUCAUGUUCUACGCUCCCUGGUGUGGCCACUGUAAGAAGAUGAAGCCAGAGUAUGAUGAAGCUGCUGAAAUCCUCAAUAAAGAGCCAGAUAGCCCAGGUGUAUUGGCAGCCGUGGAUGCCACCAUUCACAAGUCCAUCGGAGAGAGGUUCAAAAUCUCAGGCUUCCCAACAGUGAAGUACUUUGAAAAGGGGGAGGAGAAGUACACACUUCCUCAACUACGGAGCAAAGACAAGAUCAUCGAGUGGCUGCAGAACCCCCAGGCCCCACCUCCUCCAGAGAAGUCGUGGGAUGAGAUGCCGUCCAGCGUGAGCCACCUGGGAGCCGAAGAUUUCAGGGAAUUUCUGAAAAAGAAGAAACACGCCUUGGUCAUGUUCUAUGCUCCAUGGUGUCCGCACUGCAAGAACGCCGUACCCCAUUUCACCACAGCAGCUGAGCUGUUCAAAGAAGACCGCAAGAUUGCAUAUGCUGCAGUGGACUGCACAAAGGGACAAAACCAUGAGGUGUGUAAACAGGAGGGAGUUGAGGGCUACCCAACAUUCAACUAUUACAACUAUGGGAAGUUCAGUGAGAAAUACAACGGGGAAAGAGGGGAAGCUGGCUUUACUGGUUUCAUGAGAAAUCUCAGGGGCCGAGACCAAGAGAAAGUGGGCAAGCGGAAGGAGGAGCUCUAAUAGUGUGGGCGUGGUUCCUGUAAAUGGGAGGAGCCUAUCAUUGCACUGUGACUUGGGCAGGGACAUCCCAGCACUGAUGCCACAGACUUGAAACCUCAGCUAAAAAGGCUAUUUUUUAUACAGCUGUGCCCUUGUUUGUAAUACCAAUGUACAACCAUCAGACCACUUUUUUUUUGCGUUGUUUUAAUUUCCUCAUUUUGUGAAAUUGUUUCCAAAUACUGUGACUUCAGUUACUGAAAUCCACACCUGAAAUCUAUGCAACACUGGGCCCUCACUCGCCAGGGUCCCAUACGUGUGAUGGGUGGCUGGUGUUUAAUGGGGAAAACCAAUUAUCACCAGGAUACAUUGCUGUCACUCCCAUUCCAGUGAGGAGUAAUAAUGUGUACAAUCGUAUCUGCAAAUAUUUUUGUAAAAAAAAAAAAAAAGGAAAAAAGGAAAAAAUGCUGUAUGACAUCAUGGUUUUGGGAGUAAAAAAAAAGAUGGAGAAAGUUGUUGUAGCUGAACUUUGUGGCCUUAAAUGUUUGAAUAACUUUCGUCCAAAUAUUUUACUAUUUUCAAGAAAUACAGUACUAGGGCCAAAAUACAAGAGCAAAUACAAGGACAUGUAUUCAAGCAAGUAGUUUUUUCCUCAUGUUUUAUUGUCAGUUGUGACAGAAUAAAAUGACGUAACAAAACUGGAAAUGCCAAAAAAGGAAGAAAAAAAAACAUAUUAGAUUGAAACAAUGUUUCAGAAUUAUUUCCUGGAAGUUUAAUCCAUGAAAAUUUCUGGGCCCUUCACAUUCCAUUGUAAAUGAAUGUUUCUGCUCAUUUUAAAAGUCUUGUCUGGUUUAAAUGUCUAGUCUGGUUAUGUAGUUUCUGAUUUACAUUGCUGUUCUAGAUCUAUAAUACACAUGGACUUUUCCUCUUCUAAGCAUGGGAAUGGUACAAUAGGUGAUGAUGGGAACCAUAAAUAAUGUCUUCAUUUAAUGCGGGAACGAGAUGGUUUGCUUUAAGGUAUGCCAAGUGAUGCUCAUUUAACACGUCUCGCUGGUUUAAACAGUGUAGUGCCGGAGGAUGUGUUUUACACGCUCCUUGCCAGAUGUUGGCACUCUUGGUGAUACCACAACCCUUACCAGUAUCUCUGUGGCGACUCCACUAUUGUGUGUGUGGAAAACUCCCUGCUUUAGGCAGUAUACAUAUUUAAUGGUCUUGUAGCUGAACUUUUGUUGUAUAAUUCAGAAGGUUGGUUCGUUUCAUUAUGAAUAAGGUUCUCAGGGAUAGCGAAACACAAUUGAAGAGCACUAUCGCUCAUCGUAAUUUGCAAUCCAGUUGGGUGUUCUCUAUUCACGUCGCCGAAUUAUGAAUUGUUUACAUGUGUCUUCGGGAGAUGGAACACGAAAAAAAAUCAUUGAACAGGAAUUUAGUUUACAUUUUCCUUGCCAAAUAUGUGGCAAGAAGUAUUGAAUAAAACAUGAGCCAAGGAACGCUGAUGCAUGGAUGUCAAUUAUAUGCAAGAUAAUGGCUUCAAGUUCAAAAUACUGUCUGUAAGGUUAAAGUGGGAUCACGUGCUGAAUUUGUAUCACGUAGCUAAAUGUAAAAGGGUCCUGUUGUGGGGAAGGGUACAGAUAGCUUGCCGGAACAUGUUCAAUAAUGGUCCAAAAUGACAGAUGUAUUGGAUGAAAGCUUGCACAGAUUUGUCUCACUACGUGCAACCACUGUCAAGACAUGGUUCGUUUGUGCAUUGACAUUUUCAUCAAUAUUUGGAUGGUCAGG